AUCAAUAUUUAAUUUUGACUUUUUAGUGUUUAGUUAUUUCCACAGAAAAUUCUGUGCGAAUAGUAGCAUGUGCCAUUUUUAACAGUUAUUUUGAUUUCACGUUUAAUAUUAAUAUUUGUAUCUUAUUAAAAUUAAAAUUCUUAGACUUAUAAGUUAUAAAAUACCAUCACUGAAUGAAAAUUAUUUAGUAAUAAUAUAUUAAUUCUUAAAAAUGCGUUGUUAUGUAUGUAAAAUACGUUCAUAUAAUAAGGCUGAUAAAACUUCUAAAAUAAGUUUGUUUAGUGUACCUAAAACUGAUUCUUUAAAAUUUGAAUGGGAAAAGUCCUUAGGUGUUCAUUUUAAAACUACUUCUAAAGUUUGCAGUAACCAUUUUAAAAAGGAAGACAUAAUUGAUACUUGGGUUUCUGGCCAAGGAUUAAACAAAUACACGAUUUUAUUAAAAAGACCAAAACUUCGAAAUGGAGCGAUUCCUAUUGAUUUUAAGUUAUUUCGCACCGAUUCAUCUGUAUCUCAAAAUCUUGAAUCGAGUAUUAUGCAUGUUCAAAUGCCAAAUGAGGAAUCAAUUUCAACCAUUAACAAUGACCAUUGCUAUUACAAAGUUAAUGUUGAUACAACAGACAUUACAUUAUCAUUAAAUAAUUGUACAUCAAUGUUGUCUUCACCAGAAAUAAUAGAAGUACAACAAAUUUCGCAUUUUAAAGAAAUUUUAGAUCAAAUAAACACAUUACAUAUUCCUCAAAAAUGGUAUUAUGAAUAUAUAACCAAAAAACACAAAAUCAUUAGUUUUCAUAAAUUGGGACCACUCAGAGAUGAUUUUACUAGGAGUAUAGAAAAACAAUUAAUUUUAACUAGAGAUUUAGAACUAUUGCUCUUUGUUUAUAACAAGAAAAUCAAUAUAUCUGACAUUGGAUAUAUUUCUGAAGUGAAUACUGUGAAUACAUAUAAAUAUUUAUUAAGUAUAAUUAAAAAAUUUGAUGAAAUUCUUGUAUGUCAAGGUGCAAUACCUUCAAACAAAAUAAAUGAUAUUAAUUCUUCAUAUGGUUAUCAAUUUGUUGAAUCCUAUGGAGUAUGGAGACAUAUUAAAUGCUACACAAUACUAACAAAAGAUGAUUGCAUAAAUCGUAAUAUUUGUGUAUGGUGUAAACGUUUGUGGUAUAUUAUACAAAAAAGAAGAUUACGCAUGAAAAAUAACCAAACUACCCGUGUAUUCUUUUCUCCAGCGCAACAUAAGAAUUAUCAAGAAAUUAAAAGUCAAAAACUUUUAAUAAAAAAAAAAUAUUCCAGAGCAACAAAAAGAAUUAUUUUCCUUCAAAAUCAGUUAAACAAAAUAAAAAAAAUCUCUGGAUUUAGUCUUGAAGAGCUUUUAGAUUAGUAUAAUAUUAUGAUCAAUAUAUGAUUUUGAACUGAUGUGUGAAUCAGACAAAUAAUUUUGAUCAUUAAAUUGUGCUACAAAAUGUAACUGUUGUCUGCAUCGAGGUACACCAAAGUUGCACAUGGUUAAAAUAUUGAUGAUGUUAAAAUAUCAACUAAUUCAGUGGGCUCCACAUUCUAUUUGAUAUGGAAUUUUAUUUAUACAUUUUGUUACAGUAUCUUAUGAGUCAUUUAACACUGUAAAUAUGUAUUAUAUAAAUAUACUUCUUAUUAUUAAUUUUAAA